UUGGGAUUUUAGUCUUUUUUAACGAAAUGAAGGCAAGACGAGAAAGACUUCUUUUCUUCGGAAUAGUCGCCGCAAUAUUCGUUUUACUAUGGAAUAAUUCGGUUCUGGUCUACAAAAAAUCAAGUCGUAUUUCUUUGCCUUGCGAAGACACCUUUAACGAAAAAAAAGUUGAAAAAACCAGACAGAAUUCGAGGCUCGGAAUGCAAUUUUUAAAACCCACUCCUUCCCGAAGAGUCAAGAGGUUUGUUUAUCUUGUUCAGACAGCUCAGUGCCUUCCUGCAAAGCUUCUCAACGAGCAGCACAUUGGAGAUGCAUUGCGCUGUAGAUGUGAUGUGGCGGUGCUAAGCUUCAAGCAACCUUGCGAAGAUAAGAACAGAACUUUCUUUUCGCAUGUUGAAUAUCUCUCACGUCCAGCCGAUGGAGAUAGAAUUUCAUGGUCUGCAGGAAGAAAUUUGUUAUUCUCAACAUCCAAAGCAAGAAAUGUUGAAUAUCUUUAUUACAUUUUCAUGGACGAUGAUUUAGAAUUGAGUUACAACAAAGCGCACACUCCGCCUUCGAUGCGAUCGGUAUCCCCGAUGCGUUCGUUCGAAAACUUUCUACUCCAAUGCAAACCCGCCAUUGGUGUCCCAAACUACUCAACGCACCACAGCUCUGACAUCAUGAUCAAAAAGAUUAAAACUAUAUGCAAAAGAGAUCACUUUAAUUCCUCUUUUGUCUUUGUCCCUAUCGUUCACUUUGAUGCGAGUUUGAACGCUUUUCACAAAGACGUCGUCCAACACAUUCUUCCGUAUCCUAGAAAGUACGAUAAAACGAACUGGUGGCACAGCCAAAGAUAUGUUAUCGCCGCUUCAGAACUAAAGUUCCGUGGACAAUGUUACAUGUUCAUACCAGUUAACAGUGUCAAUACAAAGCAUGGAGAUUACCCUCAAAAUGAUGUCAAUGCUAAUCAAGUUUGGUCCUCAAUUGUCCAAAACUUGGUGUCAAAUAUUCCUCAAGAAUAUGCAAAAGAAAAGUGGAUAAAAGAGUUUAUUGAGGACCCUGUGAAACAUACCGAGAAUUCGCGGGCUAUUUGUUGGAGAUUCCCACUUAAUUUCUCUAUAAAACCUUUCGCAUAUUUUGCUUUGAAUCAAGAAUAUAAAACUUGAAUUGCUUGAAUUUGGGAUUCAUGAACGGAAUCCAUAUAUUAUAUAUAAGAUACGAAAAAUAAGAAGCCGUACAACUGUAAAGUAAAUAAAAUUCAAAUUCAAAGGGCUUUCUGAACAAGAAA